CUUUCUCCUUAAGGAUGCCAUUAUCAGAGACCAUUUAAACCUCCCAAUUUCACUUUGUUUUUUGGAGGAGAUUUGGGGUUUCACCAAGCCAGCCCUGGUAGCUAGAGGGACAGGCUUUCAAUAUUCUGAAUCACUCUUACAUGGAGCACAAAGAUGAUGAUGAUGAAGAUGUAUCUUUUGCCAAAUGGAUGAGCAGCUUCUGGGGUCACAGCUGGAGAGAGGAGGAUGAGAGAGGACUACGGGAACGCUACCGACCACAAGAGUCCUGUUACAGAAAAACCUCCCUGCCUUGCCCAUUUCCUAUGCUUCCCAAAAUUACGUCAUCUGACAAUCAUCCUAGAAGGCAUUCUCAUGAGGACCAGAAAUUCCGAAGCCAUCCUCAUAUGCGGUAUUACAGAAAAUAUUCAAUGGAUGGUUCCCAGGGAACCAGGGAAACACUGGAAUCAAAAGAACGAUCUCACUCCCAAAUUCAGGAAUUUUCAGAGUCUUUUGAACAGCAACUGUACUUUAAAGACAAACAUUCUGUCACUUUGGGUCCUGGGAGCAGGAAGGAGAAAAAUGAGGGAGAAUGUCUGAAAACUGAGAUGAAGACCUCUCAGAAAGUGGAGGAAAGAAGGAGAUUGAUGGAGGAACACCCAGAGGCAUACGUGCCUCCCUUGGCUGAGAAAGGGCCAGAAUAGUACUUGUUUCUACAUAAUGAUGGCAGGUACCAUUGGUAGUUUUGUUUCUCAGUUCAGCAUUUUUGGGUGUCAGGAUGUCAUCUGUUAAAAGGGUGUGUGCAGCUGCUGAAGGACUGACUGAAGUGAGUAGUAGGAAUGGCUUAUGCUCAGAAUGAUAGUCUUCCUACUCCAAUGACUUCUGGCAUCUUACUUGAGAAUGCAAUCUGAUUUCUUGUCCUUCUAUGGGAAUUAAAAAUAAUUAAGGAUGCAAGUUCUGCAAAUGUAAAGUAUAAUCAGUUUUUAAAGAACCAUCCAUACGUCUUCACCAAUUCUUCUUCCACACCAGUUUCCCAAAAUAUCUU